AUGGCGCAACGGCCCAAUAACACCGACCUCCCACCCAAAGAGACAACUCAACCCUUGAAGGGGAAAGGACCGCAUCAACAAAACGACCCAGGCGACUGGGAGUCGCAGGAACGGGAGCCAUGGGCGAAUGCGAUGGAGUGCGUUCAGGGACAGGCACAGAUGUACUGCUAUCCACGCGUGGUAUUCGAGGUUUUCGAACCGCACGUCUAUACUCCCUUACCAGCCCAGCCGCCCUCUCCUGCGCAGCAGGGCGACGAGACUGGGGAAGUCCAACAAACCCAAAGGACCAGCGGCAACCUCCGGAGCGACACAAAGGGUGUCGCUGGCCAGUACAAUAAACACAGUUUAAACGACCUGGCAAGAAAACACACGCUGACGCAGCAUCUCGCUCCAAACGAACAAGGCAACGGUGGCACCAGGGACUACCCCUGGGCCAAAGGCAAACCAUUCCCGCCGAUGGAGACAAAGGGGGCGAUGAAACUUUCGCACAAAUUAGCAAUAUUACCUUACAUAAACGCACCGGACUUACCAGACACGUCCGGAGAGGGCGAUUCGACUCCGUCCGGCUCCGCCGAAGCAGGAGAGGAUGGAAAUCCCUCCCAUUCCGGCGAAACCGAGCGGGGCGCAGGUGUGAAAACGACAUCGUCUUCAGAGGAUGAACGAGGACGAACUCCACGGAGAAGGCGACGGCGUCGUGGGGCGGAUUCUCCCGAUGGAGGCGACGAAGCUUUGCGGCGAGCCAUCUGCGAAAACACCCAUAUUAGUAAGCUCAAAACAUGCGAGAAAGCGCUGGAGGAGCCGUUACCCUUAUUAGCUGAGGCAGAAGAGUGCGCACGUACCGCAAGAAGUUUGGUGGUUUGA